AUGCUAUUGUCAAGGCCGAUUAGUAGUAAAUUCAAAGGAUUCGUUAGUUUUUUGAGGCAGUUCCGCUCAUCGUUUAAUUCACAUUCUGAUGUGGAGAAUGGGAAGUUGGUCAACGUUGUCGUUGUUUCCAACUCGAAUUCUACUAAAAAAUGGCCGAAUACUAAACUUGGACCAAUAGAAGCUGUCAAUCCAAAAUAUCCGUUGCCUGGGUUUGUAGGGAUUCCGUUAGUGAAGGAUGAGAAACCUUUGGAAAAGAAAUACACACCUGCGGUGCAUACAUUACCUCCAAUGAAAGAGGAGAACUAUGCUGCAGCUCUUUUGAAUGUUUACAAUGAAAAAGAGUUCAGUGAAUCUCAGCCCUCAAUAAUUCCACCGGUAUCGGAUCAACUUGAAUGUACCAUACACACCUGUCCAGUGCUAGUCCAGCAAACUUUAGCUAAUGUGUUCCCAUCGAGAAAACUUUCAUCAAAACCUUUAACAGCACUAAUUCUUAGUCAUCACACCAAUGAAUCGUUAGAUGCAUGGAGUGAAGAAGCUGCUGAUGAACGUGAACAGUUAGCACGAUCUUUUAUUACUUCAGCAAUAGAAAUAUGCUCGUCUUUAAAAGAAUUGGGGUAUUGGGCAGAUUUUAUUGAUCCCUUCACUGGGAAACCGUAUAUUGGAUCACAUGGUGAAGCUGUACUCACAGAAACCGAUGAAACUAUGAAACAUUUUGGAUUUGAUCUAGACAAUUCUGUUUGUUGUAAAAUAUUACGUCAUCCAAAGUGGAAGAAUCAUGUAUUUGUUGGAUUAAUAUUCACAGAUGCACCAGACUAUCAUCCAGAUUAUUUCGGUAUUGAAUAUGAUCAGAAAGUCGAAGUGAUUAAACGUGAAGAAAAUAAACGUAAAGCAUCAUUAUCAACAUCAAAAAAUAUUAUUGAUGAACAAUAUUUUGGUGUACAUGAUGAUGAUGUCAAGUUACAUGCUAGAGAGAGUGUUAAAUCUAAGAAGAAUUCAUCUGAAAUAACAGUACUUCAUUCAAAGACAUCUCAUUUAGAUGGUUUAUGUGAGAUCGACUCACAAUAUUUUGGCUCCAUAGGAUCUAAUACAAAUCCAAUAGAAAAUGUCAACUCAGUAGUUAACAAUACUACUAAUCCAUUGAUAAUUUCACAGCCUAAAAUUAGGACUGGUAAAAAGCAUAUUCCUCAUCCUGCUACUAUUAUUACUAAUACUAAUACACAUACUGAUAUUACUUUGAAAAGUAAUGCAAAUCUAAGAAAACAGGAAAAAUUGGUCCCUGGGACCAAGACUGUUCGGGUUGAUAAUAAUGUACGCCGAAAUAAUAAUGAUUCAUUGAGACUUAACAAAAAUGAUAAUGAUAGUCGUUACGAUGAUGAUGUUGAAUAUGGAUCAGAUGCAGUUAGAAUUAUCCGACAAAGAACCAAGUUAAAUCUAUACACUGGUACUACCUUAGAUAUACCAUCAAAUAAAUCGACGGCGUCGGUCCCAGAAAAAUUGGAUAGUCAAGGAUAUCGUGUCCCGGAUGAAGAUCCAUAUAAAUUUGAUUUAUUAACUGAAGAAGAAGCUGCAACGGUAUUGUAUAAAUCAAUUAUAGAAAUAAGAGAAAAUGUGAUCACUUUGAAUAAACCAUAUGGAAUAGCAUCUCAACCUGGAGCUGAUUGUAAACAUAAUAUUGUUGAUUUAUUACCGCGUAUUGAAUCAAUGAUAAGAAAACGAAGUCAUCAUGGCAAUCAUGGGAAAGGUGAAGAAAAAUGCAUUGGUGAACUGUCAACUGUUCAUCGAUUAGACAAAGAUUCCAGUGGAAUUAUAUUAAUAGCUAGAAAUAAAGAUUCUGCAUUAAAACUUCAAGAGGCAUUUGCAAGACGUUGGAUUAAAAAAGAUUAUUUAUGUAUUACUGUUGGUAUACCAAGAUCAGAUUAUGGUUAUAUACAAUUGCCAUUAGUUGAACGAAAUUUCAAUGGAAUUCGUAAAAUCUUGAGUUUUAAAAUGUUUAUUGUUGAGUCGGCUUUCGGAGAACUUCAACGGAGCCUUCAGAGGCCCAAAAGGAGCCGAAGAGUCCUAGCCAAUCACAGCACGAUGGAGAAUUCUGGAAUUCCAAAGUGGCGUGCUACUAUUGGUCAGUAGCAUAAUAUGUCGCUAACGGAUUGGCCAAAAUAUGAUGUUGAUUUAACAAACGCCAACAUCUAUAAAUACCCAUGAUUUUCUGUACAAAAACGAACCUUGGAGUAAAGUAUUUUCUCUCAUACUUGCGUCUUCUCUCUGGUGUUCAAGUCGCUGUGUAGUUCUAGCCUGUGGGUUACCAGAAUAGCUUAGGAAAACGAAUAUAGCGUUCAAUCGACAAGACUUAUCAUUUAUGCCUUUUAUUAUGCUACUUGAUUGUUUUUUCCCUCUAAUCAUGUUGUAUAUAAUUAGUGUUUUCUACUAUCAGUAAUACUGUAGUGAACGAGAAUACAAGCGAGGACAAUUGAAUGUAUUUAAACACAAAAUUACAGAGCAUCUUAGUACAAUCUAAGAUCCAUAUAGUAAAUACUUCCUUUGCAAAAUGUCAAUUAAUUGUCUCAGACUUCAUUGUUCUUUCGUUUCCACACCAAUUAUCCUCUGUUCUCGUUCUCUUUUCUUUGAUCUUCUUAAAUGCCACCAGGCAUUUCACUUUCAAUUGAUGGUACAUACUACUUAUAUCUGUCGACAUCUGUAGCACACAUUUUAAUACUGUUAUUAUUCUUACUACUCUAGCAUAACUGUCUUGGUAAUUUUAUCUCAUUGUACAACUGAUAUGAUGUGACAACUUGAACUGAUCCUGAUAUAUGCCACAUUUUACACCGAUUAUGACUAACUAAUUAACAUAUUCCGAAAAUUUCUGAUAUGAAUUCGUAACUGGUAAAUUCUAACCGAUUUUAUAUUGAGAUGGAUGUCAUUUUUAACAAGCAUUGUUCAAUUAAAACCAAAUAAACACUUUCACUGUUAUGAUAAUUAUUAUUAGUUUUAUAAUAAACCCUUAAGAGCUAGGGUAAUUUUACAUUGGUUUUCAAGAGAACUGCACACUUUCCAAACUUUCACGUGACAACCCAAACAGUACACCUCAAUUCUGUUAAACAAAAGAACCAAACACUGCCCAGGCUUAAAUUUUAUAACCCGAUCAGUACAUCUCAAUUCCGCUUCACAGGAGGACCAGAAACCGUAUAGGUUUUAACGCUACAAACUGAAUAGUACAGAUCAAUCCUGUGGCGCAACCACACAGGUACCCAGUAACCUGGUGGACCAUUCGCACCAUCCAUAUACACAUUCACGUCACAUGCAUAGUUAUUCCGAUCAAUGAUCGCAUGAAUCAAUUGUGCACAUCACGAACAGGUCAAACUUCACCUAUUCCGCUUACACGACAGUCAAACUCAUUAAUGUUAGCAAUGGUGACAUGCCUUACAAUGUCCCAAUGAUAAUGACCCUUGAGAACACUGAAAAUCAACCACCAGUAUGAAUGAAAUCGGUU